AUGAUUUCACCUCGUUCUCAAGAGAACCAAUACAAUUAUCACCAACAACAACAAGCUGCUCCAGGAAGUGGUCCUACAAGUCAAUCUGGUGUUCCAUCAAGUAUACCUCCUCCAACUUCAUUACCAAAUCCUCAAUCAAGUUUCCCAUUAUAUAAUAACAAUGGUGGUGGUUCAAAUGGAUCUGGUAUAAAUACAAAUUCAUCUACUCCAACAACAAAUGGUGUUAGUAUUGGUGGUUCAAACAGUUCAAUUCCAACUUCUGGUCCAGGAUCUACUGCUGGUUUUAAUCUGACAUAUAAUAAUAACUAUACAACUACUAAUCCAUUACCUCCAAGUUCCAAUAGCUCAUUUAGCCUACCAAGUGUACCACAAGCAGUUUAUUAUGAUCAACAACAACAACAACAACAUCCAAAUGCUCAAAUACCUCCUCUACCUUUACAAGCAGGUCCAAGUGCACCUUUAGAAAAUGGUCAAGGAGGUCCACCACAACAAGUUUUUUACUAUCAACAACCAUUUUUCCAACCUGCACCUCCAACAAAUGGUGUUAGUCAACCAUUAAUUGCACCACCAAGUCAAGAUUUUAAUCAAUAUCAACAACAAUUACAAUUUCCAGCUCAUGAUCAACAUCAAAUUCCACCUCCACCACAACCAACUUUACCUCAAGCUAAUGGAGUUCAAAAUACAUUACCAAUCCCAGUUCCAUCAAAUGAAGAACUUCCAUUCCCUGGUGUUUUAGAUCCAAAUGCUUAUCAACAACAUAUUCAUGCUCGUUCUCAAUCUACAUCAUCUAAUCCUUCAUUUACUGGUUAUCAUCCAAGAUCCAAUACUUAUCCAACACUUGAUAAUAAAACAAUCAAUCCAAAGAAUAAUCGUCAAUCAUUAACAUCAUCAUCAUUAUUAGGUAUGACACCAGAAACUGCACGUCGUAAUCGUUGUACAAUUUGUCAAAAACAAUUCAAGAGACCAUCAUCAUUACAAACUCAUUCAUAUUCUCAUACAGGUGAAAAACCAUUUGCUUGUUCAUGGGAAAAUUGUGGUAGAUUAUUUUCAGUUAGAUCAAAUAUGAUUAGACAUCGCAAAUUACAUGAACGUGAUGCUAAGUUAAAGAGUGGAUCAAUUAGUUCAACAGGUUCAGGAUUUGAAGAAGAAGAUAAAGAACAUCUCAUUCAACAACAUCAACAAGCUCAACAAGUUCAACAACAACAAACUCAUGUUACAAAUGGUAAUGGAACUACUGAUUCAAAUGGUUUACCAAAUUUGUUACAUCCAAAUAAUGGUCAAAGUAAUCCACCCCCAUCUGGUGAAUUCCAAUUAGGUUAUUUUAGCUAA